AUGUGCCACAAUGAAAGCUUCUUCGCUACUGAUCAGUUCUACGCGAGCGCUCUCCACGUGCUCACCGCCAUCGAAAUUCCCGUUCAUACCUUCGGCGCGUUCAUCAUUGUGGCGCGUACUCCGAAAAAGAUGUCGACUGUCAAACGGAGCAUGUUGGUGCUCCACUUUGUCGGCGCCUUCGUCGACUUGUACCUCAGCUUCAUCGCCACUCCCGUCCUCACUCUUCCAGUCUGCGCCGGUUAUCCAUUGGGAUUUGGCCUGGUUUUAGGCAUCCCGACCGCUGUUUUAGUCUAUUCAGGAAUUAGUUUCGUUGGAGGUAAACCUCUCAACAUACUUUGCGAGAUAGCUUCAACGCUCUCAAUUCAGUGAUGGGAGUUUCCAUUCUUGUCUUCUUCGAGGAUCGCUACCAUCGUUUGGCUAAUCGCCAUGGAUCAAAUGGAACGAGAAACUGGAGACGGAAAAUCUACAUUAUCUUUCAUUACAUUUUAUCCCUAGUAUUCAUCCUCCCUGGCUAUCAGACGAUCCCCGAGCAAACUAUGGCCCGCAUAGCUGCUCAGCAGGUGAGUUUAGAGCUCGUUGCAAACAGAAAUCAGAAGUCAGAAAUCAAAAAACGUUCCAGAUAAUUCCGUGCCUGCCCGCCGACGUGCUAACCCGUCCCGGCUUCUUCGUCCUCACCAUUGACAACACAAUCCCGUGCCUCUGCAUUCUGUUCCUCGUCGUUUUCGUCGUGCUCCAAAUCUUCUACUUUGUCAUUUCUAUCUCAAUGGUCCUUUUCCGGACGGUUGCCAAGUCAGAAGUGACUAAUCGUCUUCAAAGAAAGUUCUUCGUCGCUCUGUGCCUUCAAGUAUUCGUGCCCAUUGUUGUUCUACUCGGCCCCGUUCUCUACGUGGCACUCGCCAUUUGGUUCGACUAUUUUAAUCAGGGUGAGUGAACGUUAAUGUGAUCCGACUCAAUGUUCCUUUCAGCCGGGACCAACAUAGCUCUCGUCGUGAUGGCGCUACACGGAGUCGUCUCCACCGCCACCAUGCUUUUCGUGCACAAACCCUACCGAGACGCCGCUCUCCUCAUGCUCCGUUUGACCUCCAAAGGAACUGUCCACGACUCGGUGCUUGUUGGAAGGACCAUCGGCGCACAAUCGCUAGUGCUUUAG